UGUAGGAAUUUACAAAAGCUACGAUUGGCUCUUUGCUUAAUCAGUCAUGUCACACACCUGUACCAAGUUUUCAUAAAGCACAGGCAUUGUGAUAACUUUUUAUAAACAGCAGCGUUACGCUUUUUAAAAAAAUAUAGCGGACAGUUGUGUACUAACUAGCCAAAAAAAUAAAAGGGCGGCUCAGUCAACUGAACCGCAGAGUAAGUAAUUCGACGGAUGUAUUUUGAUGUGACACCGCACAUUAUGGGUAACGUAGUUUAAAAGUCGUAAGUUUAUUCGUUGAAACCACCACUCGGAACUCAAUUUCCCAGCUACGGGAUUUUGUGUAACGAAAAGGCGCGUCGUUCAGAAACUGUCCGGUUUGUUUGGAGUCACAUGAGAACAUGUUGGGGCAAGUAUCACCGGCGGUGAAAAUAAACAAAAUCUUUAAAUGUACUUUGAAGCUUUGGGCCCACUGUAGUUGUCUGUGGUUAUUUAGCUAAUAAGAUAUCGCCUUGUUGGCCAAUUGUGUGAAAAUCGCCAGAAUGUUCACUUUUAUACGAGUUUUGUCCGUCGGAGGCAUCAUUGUACCUCAAAGCACCUCCCUCCCUGUUCGCCACUUUUCUGCUUAUCAUUGUUUACGAGCGCCAAAAAGACGAAGUCCGUACAGUUCAGUGGACACAGAGCGCUACUCUUCUCUCGUGAAGUCCGUCAUGUCGACCAGAGUCAGUUCCCAAACUCCGGAGACCCUCCAAGCGGAAGACGACCAAAUUUAUGGACCUGUUGUCAAAGCUCAGACUCCUACAAAAGCAGAGACGAGGGUACCUAAAAUCCUCCAUCCAUUCUUAAACUGUCAAGAGCCUAUAGAAACAGAAGAGCCAGAAUCGGGACCUCCAGCUCGGAUUUUGUUAAACAGAGGGCAAGGCAGGUCUCUGGUACCAAGUGUGACCCGCAUCCUUCAGCAGACCCUCUCCCCAGACCAGAUCUUCUACCUGGAGAGGUGGAGGAAGAAGAUGAUUGCGGAGCUUGGAGAGGAAGGCUUCAAAGAAUACAGCCAAAAUUUAUUUAGGCAAGGGAAGCUUUUCCAUUCAGCCUUGGAGAAUGUUCUUACUUCACAUGCAACAUGGAAGGAUAGAAAUCCUUCAGAGUAUCCACCAGAGGUACAGGGAUACAUGCAGAGCGUCUCUGACAUCCUGGAGGACAUCCGAGCGGUGAGAGCUAUAGAAAGCACCGUACAGCAUGAAACACUGAACUACCUGGGAGUUGUGGAUUGCGUUGCUCGCUACAGGGGUGUACUAUGUGUUAUUGACUGGAAAACUUCAGAUAAACCCAAACCAUUCCUAAGCAACACGUACGAUAACCCUCUUCAAGUGGCGGCCUAUGCUGGGGCUUUGAACAGUGAUGCCAACUACAAGUACCAGGUUGAAAAUGGACUCAUUGUCGUGGCAUACAAGGAUGGCUCUCCUGCCCAUGCUCACCAGCUCAACUCAGAGCUGAUGUUGGAGUACUGGAAAACAUGGCUGCUACGACUCGAAGAAUUUACAGAACAAAGAUCCAGUUGUGCAUCAAGUGCAGAAAAGAGAUAAGCUGUAGAGACAAAAAAUCAAGCAUGUUCCAGAGCAAUAAGAGGGCCAAAAAAAGAGCUAUUAACACAUAGAUCUAGCUACUAUAUUUAUUCCAACUGUUUUCUAAAAGAACUGGCUCACAUUGUGACUUUAACUUAUUAAUAGAAAAAGGUGUUGUUUUACUUCUACUCUGUCCCUCAUUGAAAUAUUUGAAAUUCAUUUAAUCUAAACCAGGCUUCCCUGUAAGAGGGAUCUUCAGUGAAGCCCAGGUUUGCAAAGAGCCUGUAGGACACAGCAUUCUCCUCUUCUAUGAA